UGGUUUCUAUGUCUAUGACACAUAGUUUUAUAACUUCAAAAAAUAUGUUGCAUUUCUUAUAAUAAUAAAUCCAAAAGACCAUGUUAUAAAAAAUAAUAACAGACUAAUUUACCACUAUGAUUUUCAAGCUGCUACAUGAAAUGUUAUUAAUAUUUUAUGGUUAAAAUAAUCGUUUCAGAGAUGGAUCUUGAUAAUGUUACUUUACUCGCUCAACAAAUUAGAGAAACAAAUAAACUUUCCAGAGAGAAUGCAGAGCAUUUGAAAAGUUUGCGUAUACAGCUAAAAAACCCUGUAUUACCACAACAUGAAAUUGAAACCCGUGCUGGAUCUCGUCCUCCAACACGUGAAGAAAUAAAAAAGUUUAAAGAAAUAGGAUCUAUUAAAAAAGGAUGUUAUAAUACAUCAGAGGAUAAAAUAAUUGCUCAUAAUUGGAAAGAAUUUUGUAAGUUACAUCACUGGAACCCUACAGAGGUUGAACCAUUUUUACUCUUGAGAGAUGAAAAUAAAACAUAUAUACGCAGUAAAAGGGAAAGAAAAAGAUUUGUACAAUUUUUAGCAGAUGGUUUGCCAAAAAGAACUUUGUACAGUGUAUAUCACAGAUUUAGAACUUUGUAUGCAGAUAAUUUUCAAAGAAGGUUUAAUCCAGAAGAAGAUAGAAUGAUUUUGGAUCACUUAGAACAUAAUGUCAACCUUAAUCACAAGCGAAAAUAUGCAGAUUUAGCAAAAGUUUUAAAACGAACUCGAAUUUCUAUUUGGCGUCGUUAUAGAAUACUCAAGAGAAGACAUCAUGCAAGUGAGAAUUAUUAGAUUUUGAUGAUUCUUAUGUAUAAAUAAACAA